AUGGAGACCUCGCUGAUGAUGAAGAACAUCGCGUUCUUGCUGUUGCUGUUCAGCCUUUGCAACCCAGGGAACGCAGGUUACUGCAGCAUUUCAGACCUGGCCGUGACGCAGACCGCGGUGCCAUCAAAGGCCAACGUCUACGCGGUGACGGUGGAGAACCGGUGCAUCUGCACGCAGGCGAACGUCAAGCUGGCGUGCAGUGGGUUCAGCUCCUCCGUGGCGAUCGACCCGGCGGGCGUGCUCAGCGUGGAUGGCGACGGCAAGCUCUGCACCCUCAACGGCGGGCGCCCCAUAGGCAUGGGCCCCGAGUACGCCGUCAAGUUCUCCUACGCCUCGCCGUCCGGCCAGUUCGGCUUCAAGCCCGUGUCGUCUUCCAUUGCCUGCUCCUGA